ACUGGAAUCUUUGCCCACAUCCCUGCUUAUAGUACUUGCAAGGCAGUUGUUCGUAUUACUACCUUGACUUUAGCAAAGCGGAGAGGUGCUACAUUAGCGAUGCUACUGCUUGAUCUACCAAACGAGUUGCUCCAAGAUAUAUCAGAAUACCUAGAUUUUGAGAGAGAUAUCAACGCCAUAGCACAAGCCAACCGCCGCCUUUACCAUCUUCUAGAUAGCUACCGCUACCGCUAUAACAUACAACAAUCUGGAAGCUCAGCACUGUUAUGGGCUGCCCGACAUGGCCAAGAGGCAACGGCGAAAAAGUUGCUGAGAGAAAAAGCUGAUAUACAAGCCACAAAUGAUAAUAAUCAGACACCACUGUUUUUGGCGGCAGAGAACGGGCAUAACAAGCUAGUAGAGCUGCUUCUUGACAAGGGCGCCUCUGUCAACCCACAGUGUGGAGCCUUCGGCAACGCGCUCUACGCGGCAUCGCAAGAAGGCUACGAGGCUGUAAUAAAGAUGCUGCUCGACAACGGUGCCAAUGUUAACGCAAAGGGGGAAUAUCACGGCAACGCACUCCAAGCGGCUUCAUUUCGAGGUCACGAGGCGGUGGUGAAGAUGCUGCUUGACAAGGGCGCUGACGUUAAUACGCAAGGUGGAAAGUACAGCAACGCACUUCAGGCAGCUUUACAAGGAGGCCACAAGGCGGUGGCAAAGAUGCUGCUUGACAAGGGCGCCAACGUGAACGCGCAGAGUAGAAAGUACGGUAACGUGCUCUACGUGACUUCAUUUCGAGGCCACAAGGCAAUGGUAAGCUUGUUACUCGACAAAGGCGCAGAUGUCGACGCACAGGGUGGAUACCACGGCAACGCACUCCAGGCGGCUUCAUUUCGAGGCCACAAGAUGGUGGUAAAGCUGCUGCUUAAUAAGGGCGCCAACGUUAACGUGCAGAAUGGAAAGUAUGAAAACGCACUCUACGCGGCUUCAUAUAGAGGCGACGAGGCGGUGGUGAAGCUGCUGCUCGACAAUGGCGCCGACAUCAACGCGCAGGGUAGAAAGUACAGCAACGCACUCUACGCAGCUUCAUUUCGAGGCCACGAGGCAGUAGUAAAGAUGCUGCUCAAAAAGGGUGCUGAUGUCGACGCACAGGGCGGAUAUCACGGCAACGCACUCUAUGCGGCUUCAGUUCGAGGCCACGAGGCGGUGGUGAGGCUACUGCUUGACCAGGGUGCCAAUGUCAACGCACAGAGUGAAUAUCACAGCAAAAUACUGCAGGCGGCUUCAGUUCGAGGCCACGAGGCGGUGGUGAAGAUGCUGCUUGACUAAGGCGCCGAUGUCAACGCAC